UUAUGCUUCAGUUAGCUAUUCCAAAAAAAUAUUAAUACAUAAAUAAUAUUUAACGAAACUAGUAAUUUUUACUUGUUUCCUUUUACCCGUGCUGUCCAUUUAUACAUUAUACUAGCAAUAUAGUCUUUGAAACUGAGCCUCCCCUUAAAAAAUACAUAUCAACUACUAAUAUGAUUAAUAAACUAUUAGAAUAAGAGUAAGUAAUUAUAUUAAAAUAUAAUAUUUUGUCACUGAAUAGAAAAAUUCGUGUUUUGUCGAUAUUGCAAUCUACGUUCUCUAUAAAUUGUUCUUUUGGCGAGUUUUACAGAUAUCCGGCAGUCACUACGACGAUGGCAGUUAGAGUAAAAAUGCCGCACUGCCGCCCGAGUGUUUCAAUCAUAUUAUGUAAUAUUAUGACUGGGUGUAGCUGAGGGAGCCAAGCUUGCGAUAAUUAAGGAAAAAAGUGUUGUAAAAUUAUCAAAAAUGGCACAGAAAAAUCAAGGAUCAAUUACUUCAUUUUUUAAGUUAACACCUACUACCUCAGAAUUUAAUUGAACUCAUAACAACAAUACUCUUACGAAUAAACGAGCAUCUUCGCCAGUUAACUCGAUUGACUCCGCUAAAAUUUGUCGCACUUUAAGUUUAGAUACAAAAGACUCAAAUAAUAUUUCUUUUACUGAGGACACAAUCUAUAGUAAUAAUUAUGAUAUUGAAUUUUAUAUUAACCGUAAGUUAUCGAACGAAGAUAUCUUAAUUGUUAUGACGAAAAUUUGGAUGCCAAAUAUAUCAUUCAAAUUCCCACAAAAACUAUAUACAGUUCAAAAUACUUAAAGUUCCAGUAUUCAUGGCUAUUAAGAUUCCCUUAUACUCGAUAAAAGAAAAUCAUGCAUUUUGUCGAAUCUGUGUAGCUUUUUCCAAAUCGAAUGAAAAUAACGGACAAAUCUUUUUAGUAAAAAAAAAAUAUGAUAAUUGGAGAAAUGCUAUUGUUGAUUUCAAAGAACAUUCUAACAAGGGUUACCAUAAAACGUGUGUGUUAAGUUCAGAUAAUUUCAUGGAUGUUGUAAAACAUCCUGAGAAAUCUAUAACGUGUAAAAUAGAAACUGGAAGAGCUGAACUAAUUAGAAAAAAUCGAAAAAAUAUAACUCCAAUAAUUCAAACCGUAAUUUUAUGUGGUAAACAAAAUAUUCCUCUCAGAGGACAUCGAGAUUCUGGGAAAAUUAUUGUUGAACAAGAAAAUGACAGGCUUAUCCAAGAAAAUCAGGGAAAUUUUAGAGAAAUAUUAAGAUAUAGAGCCCAAGGAGAUAAACAUUUAAAAUCAUUUUUGGAAGUUGAAGGAACAAUAAGUAGUAUACAAGUGCAACACUUUAAAAUAAAAUAAUUGAAUCCUGCAAUAAAAUUAUUUUAAAUAAAAUCGUAACAAACAUAAAUGCCCAAAGAUGUUUCACAAUACUUGCUGAUGAAACAGCUGACAUUGGUGGAAUCGAAAAAGUAUCUUUGUGUCCACGAUAUUUAGAUGUUGAAAAUAUGAUUAUCAAGGAAGAAUUUCUUCAGUUUGUGUCUACGACAGAUACUACUGGAAAAGGUUUAGCCGAUAUUAUUAUACAAAGUUUACAUUCAUUUGGUGUAGAUACAAAAUACCUUAGAGGACAGGGUUACGAUGGAUGUGCUUCUAUGUCUGGUCAAUUUAACGGAGCUCAAGCUAUUAUUCACCAAAGUCAACCGCUUGCGACGUAUGUUCAUUGUGCUGCUCAUGUUUUAAACCUUGCUAUUUCUUAUUCAUGUUCUAUAUAAAAAAUACGAAAUUGUUUAGGAACAAUAUCUAAAGUUAGAGAUUUCUUUAUAUAACCGAAGCGAAAAGAUGUGGUGAAAAGUCAAAUCGAAGAAAGCCAAGAAUGUAUUACAAAAAAAACAUUAAAACGAUUAUGUGCGACUAGAUGGGUUGAACGUUUUCAUGCUGUCAAUGAUUUUCUUGAGCUUUUUGAGUACGUAAUUGAAUCGUUAUUUAUAAUUUCGAAGUGGAGUGUUACUGAAACAUCAUCACAAGCAAGCAAUCUACGAACAUCAAUACUGAAAGAAGAUUUUAUUAUUUGUUUACUUAUUGUGAAUAAAGUAUUUAGUUUUGGAUUACCUCUUUCAAAACAACUUCAAAGAAUAAAUAUUGAUCUAGGUGAAGCUAUGGAUCUUGCGGAAGAUACAAUAAAAGAACUUCAAACUUUAAGAUCGAAUGCUGAGUCUGAAUUUCAUAAAAUUUUUGAAAAUGCAUUGACUUUAUCAAAUAAACUAGAUACAAAUAUUUCCAUACCACGUAUUAUAGGAAGACAAACGAAAAGAGUAAAUAUUGAGACAAAUUCACAAGAGUCAUAUUUUCGAGUUGCUUUUUUUAUUCCUUUCUUAGAUACAUUUAUAGAUCAACUAAAUUUAAGGUUUGUUAAUCAAAAAAUGUUUUGGACUUUUGAACUAUUGGACUUCAAAUCAUUAAUUUCAACAGACGAAAAUGAAGCUCACUUCUUACGUUUGGCGCAAAUGUAUAUGUUUGACUUAAAUGAAUGCGAAGAAUCUGUGUUACUGGCAGAGUUCAAAUUAUGGAAAAGACGUUUAGAAAGUAUUAAAUCAUCAAAUACACCAAGAAAUGCCAUGGAAGCAAUAGUUUUAUGCAAUAGCCAAAUUUAUCCAAAUGUAUUUAAACUCUUACAGAUUUUUGCAACUUUACCAGUAUCAACUGCAUCUAAUGAGAGGUCGUUUUCUAAUUUGAAAAGAAUAAAGACAUACUUGCGAAACACAAUGUCACAAGGGCGAUUUAAUGGUUUGGCUAUGCUAGCCAUUAACAUAGAAGUUGGCAAAGGCGUAAAGCAUUUGAGUAAAUGUAUUUGAAUAAAAGUAUUCAAAUACUUUCAUUGGUAUUGAAUAGUAUUUUUAAAUACAUUUAAUAAAAAGUAUCUGAGUAGUAUUUUAAAUACAAUUAUUUAGUAUUUAAUACUGUUUAAUAUUCAGUACUAUUAAUAUACUUUUUUUUUUUAAUUUGCUAACCGUAACACAGCAACCAAAUUAAACUCAGUCAAAAUGAAAAUUGAGAAUAAUUCUCUGUUAUUUUAUAUGUUACAUUAUACUAUAAUAUAAUUAUUGUG